CCAGGAAUGUGAGAGGCGCGCGCCGCCGCCAUUUUGUCUCUGUGUGUGUGGGCAGGCGGAGCCGCCAUGGCCGACUAUUCCACCGUGCCCCCUCCCGCCGCGGGCGCGCCCGGGGGAGCCGGCGGCGGCGCCGGCGGAGUGAACGAUGCCUUUAAGGACGCGCUGCAGAGGGCGAGGCAGAUCGCAGCGAAAAUUGGAGGAGAUGCUGGCACAUCAAUGAACUCGAACGACUACGGUUACGGAGGGCAGAAAAGGCCCCUGGAGGAUGGAGAUCAACCAGAUGCUAAGAAAGUUGCUCCUCAGAAUGACUCUUUUGGAAAUCAGCUACCACCGAUGCAUCAGCAACAAAGGUCUGUGAUGACAGAGGAAUACAAAGUUCCAGAUGGGAUGGUUGGAUUCAUAAUUGGCAGAGGUGGAGAGCAGAUCUCCCGCAUCCAGCAAGAGUCUGGCUGUAAAAUACAGAUUGCACCUGAUAGUGGAGGCCUGCCUGAACGAUCAUGUAUGCUGACUGGAACACCAGAGUCUGUUCAAUCAGCAAAAAGAUUACUUGAUCAGAUAGUUGAAAAGGGAAGACCUGCACCUGGCUUUCAUCACGGUGAUGGACCUGGAAAUGCAGUCCAAGAAAUUAUGAUUCCAGCAAGUAAAGCAGGAUUAGUUAUUGGGAAAGGUGGAGAGACAAUUAAACAGUUACAGGAGCGGGCAGGUGUCAAAAUGGUCAUGAUUCAAGAUGGGCCACAGAACACUGGUGCAGACAAACCCCUUAGGAUAACUGGAGACCCUUACAAAGUUCAACAAGCCAAGGAAAUGGUGCUGGAGUUAAUCCGUGAUCAAGGUGGCUUUAGAGAGGUGCGCAACGAAUAUGGGUCAAGAAUAGGAGGAAAUGAAGGGAUAGACGUUCCAAUACCACGAUUUGCUGUAGGAAUUGUGAUUGGAAGGAACGGAGAGAUGAUCAAAAAGAUACAGAACGAUGCUGGUGUUCGGAUCCAGUUCAAGCCAGAUGAUGGGACGACUCCAGACAGAAUAGCCCAGAUCACGGGGCCCCCUGACAGAUGUCAGCACGCUGCAGAAAUUAUUACAGAUCUGCUUCGCAGUGUCCAGGCUGGUAACCCUGGUGGGCCAGGACCUGGUGGUCGAGGAAGGGGGAGAGGCCAAGGCAACUGGAACAUGGGGCCUCCUGGUGGAUUACAGGAGUUCAACUUCAUUGUCCCUACUGGCAAAACUGGAUUAAUCAUUGGCAAAGGUGGGGAAACUAUUAAAAGCAUAAGCCAACAGUCUGGUGCUAGAAUAGAACUGCAGAGGAACCCUCCACCUAACGCAGAUCCCAACAUGAAGAUGUUCACCAUCCGUGGAACCCCCCAGCAGAUCGAUUAUGCACGACAGCUCAUAGAGGAGAAGAUUGGAGGUCCGGUGAAUCCAUUGGGGCCCCCUGUUCCCCAUGGACCUCACGGUGUCGUUCCUGGCCCCCAUGGACCUCCUGGCCCGCCAGGUCCCGGUGCUCCCAUGGGACCGUACAAUCCAGCUCCCUACAAUCCAGGCCCUCCUGGCCCUGCCCCUCAUGGUCCCCCAGCUCCGUACGCUCCACAGGGAUGGGGAAAUGCUUACCCACACUGGCAGCCGCCCAACCCCCCAGAUCCAGGUAAGCCAGGAACAGAUCCCAAUUCAGCAGCGUGGGCAGCUUAUUAUGCUCACUAUUACCAGCAGCAAGCACAGCCACCACCUGCAGCCCCUCCUGGUGGACCAGCUACCACCCAGACUAAUGGACAAGGAGAUCAGCCCAAUCCAGCACCAGCAGGGCAGGUUGACUACACCAAGGCCUGGGAGGAGUACUACAAAAAAAUGGGCCAAGCCGUGCCCGCCCCCACCGGGGCUCCCCCGGGCGGGCAGCCCGAUUACAGCGCGGCGUGGGCCGAGUAUUACCGACAACAAGCAGCUUACUACGCGCAGAGCAGCCCGCAGGGGAUGCCUCAACACCCUCCAGCGCCACAGGUGAUCCAGCCAGUGUAGCACUAGCUCUGUAGGGGUGAGGAGGACUGUGCUGUGUUAUCACCCUUGAGUGUUCCUUCAAGGAGCAUUGCACUGUAAGUACAUCAGAAUGACAAAUGGAUGAACUGCAACAGUAUCUUUUUGUCAAUUAUGUUCCACAUAAUGCAAAAUGUACUUGUGUGAUAUUAUGUUGGAAUACAGUGCUGAUAAUCUUAGGAACUCCUAAUUGCUUCUUCGUUCACAAACGUAGCUUUGCUUAUCUCUCUCUUAUAUAUAUAUACAUACACAUAAUAUGAGUUUUGUGGGUAAGUAUUCCUGAAACUUUUAGCACUAGCUAAAGAAAAUCAUGUUUCUGUUUCUCUGAGUAAUAGCUUUUCUCAUUAGUACUCCUGAGACAGCUGUCAUUCAGUGUUUUUAAAGUUUGCAUAUCGUAACAUUGAAGUCUUUGGAACCACUUGUUAGCCAGAAGUUGUCUUUGUCUUCAGCCAGUUUGUGGAUAUGUAGUGAUGUAGGUAUGUUUUAAAUAAUUCUAUAACUGUUAAUUGCUUAAUUUUUUUUUUUUUUUUUUUGGAACACCAUGUUGUUGCUUUGAGAAUUAAAUUUUUUAGGGUGGCUGCACAGAGAAGUAAAAGUUAAGGCUUGAAAACUGAAGUAGUUUAUUCAGGUAAUCAGCAAUGUAUGUAUUGUGCUGUAGAAAUAGAAGGAAUUAUUUUUAUCCCUUUUAAAAGUAGGAAUUAUGCUGGUAGCUUGAAAAAGGCUAGGACAGUAUUUGCUAUCUUUAGUGUAGGGCAUUAAGUUAAUUAGUUCAGGUAUUUUGCAUGGUAUUUUGUAGAUAACCUUACAGAAUGGUGCAUUUAUUAUGUACUAAACUGAGCAAAAAUUAAAUUCACUGGAUUCUUUAUCAGUCACAAAAUGGAGGCUGUUGAUUUUGAUUCAUUUAAGGUAUAAAAUCUUUAUUAAUUGCAAACAGUGCAAUUAUUUAUACUUCACAGUGCCUUCCCAGACCUUCCACCUUAGGUUCUGCUGCAAAAAAGCAACAGGUAAGCACAACCUAAGGAAGUAUAUAAAUUAAUCUAUUUCAGUACAUUAAUGUUGUCCCUGUGAGAUCUUUGUGGUUGUGUAUUGAAAAGCAAUCUGCUGCUUCCCCAAAUGCAUUGUUACUCACGGUUCCAUUUCAGUGGAAAGUCUUAAGUUUUUAAACAACUGUUUCUAUUUCUAGGUAAAUAUGUAUUUUUUUCUUUUUUAUGUUUUUUUUUUUUUUUUUUAGAAAAGAUUAUUAGAUUGCAGUAAUUGAACUUGAUCAGAAUAAGUAAUUUUGGUUAUUUUUCCUCAAAUAGCUCUAAUUGUUGCAAUUAAAGAAUCAAAACCUUUUCAAAUAUGCAGGAAUUACUUUGGUUAGAAAUGUCAACAGCCUUCACAAAUGUUUUUAUAGUAGGGCAAUUCCCAUUUACAAUUCCCAUGAAAGCCGUAAGAGCUCCUGUACAGAAUCUGAUGCUGUUGCUGUCACUGCCUCUGACCUGUGUUGCAGUGGUAGUGGGACCUGGAGAUAACUCAGUGUGCUCGUUCCUGCCACGGUAGGACAGCAGAUGCUGCAGGGUGAGCUCAGCACGCUGAGCUGAACGAGCACCACUGACACGUGAAAGUACAGCAAGUAUUGCAUUGCUCUGGCAGUCAGUGUAUCCUGUUUGACACUUUACUGAAUUGCUGUAUAUUUGAUAGUAUAAAAUGUUAUAUGUCUUACAGAUGGUCUGGUACAGGCUUUUGUUUUCAGUUUUUGUUGUUGGUUUUCCUUUUUUUUUUUUUUUUAAGCUUAACACGAAGCAGCAUCUUUGGUUUUUUUCGUUCAUGAUUCUGUUUCUAAAAUGUGCUGCUCCUCUUUCAAAAGUCCUGCUUAUCUGUACAUCCAAGAAAAGCAUUCAAAAACCCUGCCUUCAUUUUCACACACAGUGCUGAAGAUGCUGCAAGCACCCAGUGCUAGCUCAUAGACUCAGGUGCUGAGAUAGUGAGAGGAACCUUUGAGUGUUUGGGGCAGCCGAUGAGCAUGGACCGUACAGGGGCUCCAUGUGCAAGGUAACAGUGGCACAAAUGACAGAUCUGCAAUGUCUCCCAUGUGAUGGGGCAGGGUGUAAGUCUGGGUUUGAUCACUGCUCAUUCUCUGAAGUAUUCUUUGUUUGACCAUAAAUGUUCCAUAAUCUGUUACUUUAACUGUGAUUGAAUAAUAUAAACCAUCUAUUUCACGUUAUAUUCUUCUAAACAGCCAAGUUAAUUUUGGAACUAAAUUAAAAGUUGUGCUUCAGUUUCUCAAGCCACUUAGUUAUUUCAUCUGUAGUUUAACAUGUUAACUUCAUUUUUGACAUGAGAAAAGGUUAGGGUGUGUUCCAUUGAGGUUUUGAUACUGUGAAUUUAGUGUGGGGAUGAGCCAUUUGUUCACUUCCUUUUUACGUGGUACUUUUCUCUUCCACUGUUGCUCCUCAAGUCCCUUGCCCAGCCUCUCAGCUGUUAAUUUAGGCUGUGGGAGGAGAUAGAGAAGCAGCAGCCGGUGGGCUGGAUGUUGGUGCUGUGUGCAAGGUGGGAUGUUCUGGUGUGCAGGGUUUGGGGGGUGUGACUUGCAGCUCUCACUGCUGGCCUUAGACAUGUUGGUUUGUGCUGAGAUAGUGUUCACUUUUCACCUCUGUCUCCAAACUCGGAGUUCUUGGGAGAACAGCAGAUGGUUGGAGCUCUCCAGUAGCCAGAAAGGUAACUGGACUUGUUAGAAAUGCAGUGAACUUGGCCAGGAGGCCUCUUGAAGUGUUGCCCACUUAGCCCAGCCCCCCUUUAGAGCCCCCCAGGUUGAGCAGCAGGUGAGGAGAGGGAGGAGCUGCAAAAGCCAGCAGGGUGUUCAGUAGGAAUUGUGUCACUCGCUGCAGCCUGUACUCCAUUAGCACAGAAACCACAACAGCAGGCAGAUGAUCUUCAGGGUAGCUGGAUCAUCAGCCAUCUGUGGCACUUGUCCAGGCAGACAGAUCGUGAUUCACUUGCACAGCCUAACCUUGAGGUAUUUCAUCUGUUUCUGGUGGUAUUUUAUUGGAUGGUAGAAGCUGUUUCUCCCCUGUUCUCUUCCAGAGUAACUCUUUUAAGUUUUCCAUUGCAUGCUAAAAGCUCUUUAUUUUGCUUUUUUCCUGGAAGCUGGGGGGAGGAAGGGAUGCCUGGGCUUUUCAGCAAGCAUACAAUUGCCAGGAUCCCCUCUUCCCUAGUAUAGCUAGCUUGUGAAACUCUUAUGUGUGCCCAAAUAUUUCUCUUGCGUGCAUGUGAAUGCCUUUUCGUCCUGAGAAAAGUGUUCUCUGCAGAAACUACCCGUGUGUAAAACGAAGAUUGGCUUAAAAAGGCAACUGUGAUGGGAACAGUGUCUUAGGGAGAUGCAGCUUGGACUUGAGGUAAAUUGAAUGCUUUACAAAAAUGUGGUUUUGAGCUUGCAUUGACAUUGUAUGUAAUAUGGGUACACAUUAACUGUAUAAUGGCUUUUGUAUGGUUUUUUUCUCAAUAAAUGUAAACUGAUGGAUAAUAA